CACGCCGUGCAUUUGGGGUUAUGAGGUUUUAUAGACAUGCGAUUGAUUGUGUAAUAAUAUCGGCCUUAUGUCAAGAUACCGUGCAAGAGUAAUGGCGCUGCUUCGAAGUGAGUUCUCUCUCCUCAAAGACAAGGGCUACAUUGGAGGCAAAUGGAUUGGAACUGAGAAAACGUUCCCCGUUUACGAUCCUGCGACUGGACAAGAACUUGGACAAGUGGCAGACAUGGGCCAGAAGGAAGCAGACUUGGCCGUUAAAGAAGCUUAUAAAGCGUUCCAAACCUGGAAGAAAACCACAGCGAAGGAGCGUAGUGUGAUGCUGAAGAAGUGGAAUGACCUCAUUCUUCAAAAUCAAGAGCAGUUAGCCAAGCUUCUGACUUCAGAGCAGGGCAAACCACUGGCUGAAGCCCAAGGUGAAGUCAAAUACUGUGCAUCAUUUGCUGAAUGGUUUGGUGAGGAGGCCAAGAGGGUGUAUGGUGAGAUCAUUCCAUCACCAAUACGUGGUCGUAAACUAUUAGUGCUAAGACAGCCCGUUGGUGUAGCAGCACUUUGGACACCAUGGAACUUCCCUCUUGGAAUGAUAACCAGAAAAGCAGCUGCAGCACUUGCCGCGGGGUGYACUGUGAUCAUUAAACCAUCUGAAGAGACCCCUUACUGUGCAUUAGCCUUGCAGCAACUUGCUGAAGAAGCAGGGUUCCCUCCAGGCGUCAUCAACACAUUGACAUGUUCUAGGGAUCAAGUUAACAUUGUAACAGAUGCUGUACUCCAAAGUGACUUGGUUUCAAAGAUGUCAUUCACUGGUUCAACGACUACUGGCAAGAUUUUAAUGGCCAAAAGUGUAGACACUGUGAAGAAAAUGUCCCUUGAGCUAGGUGGCAAUGCUGCUUUCAUUGUCUUCAACUCAGCUAACAUAGAACAAGCUGUUCAAGGUGCAAUGUCUAGUAAAUAUCGACAUACAGCCCAGACUUGCAUUUGCUCUAACCGCAUUCUUGUGCAAGAUGAAAUCUAUGAUGAAUUUGCAAAGCGCUUAGCAGAGGCGGUGGACAAAGAACUGAGGGUUGGUAACGGCAUGGACAAGAACUCCACUCAAGGACCUCUCAUCAAUGAACUUGGUGUACAGAAGGUUGAGAGGCAUGUUUCUGAUGCACUGUCAAAAGGUGCCACAUUAUUGCGUGGAGGACAUCGUCAUGCAUGUGGAAAAAACUUCUUUGAGCCAACAAUCCUUACUGAGGUUAACACUGACAUGUUGAUUUGCAAAGAAGAAACAUUUGGUCCGGUUGCACCCCUGAUUAGAUUUAAGACUGAGGAAGAGGCAUUGGCCAUUGCAAACUCCACAAACACAGGGCUUGCUAGUUAUUUCUACUCCCAAGAUUACAGUCAAAUCUGGCGUGUAUCCGAAGCCAUGGAAGCAGGAAUGGUUGGCGUCAAUGAAGGGCUCAUUUCCAAUGAAGUCAUCCCCUUUGGUGGAUGGAAGCAAUCUGGGCUUGGUAGGGAAGGUUCCAAGUAUGGAAUAGAAGAAUACAUAGAAAUGAAGUAUGUCUGCAUGGGUGGAAUCAAUGAGUAAUGAUCAAAUUAGGUGAAUCCUCUAGUGUCUGUUGUAGGUAGGUACAAUAUAGUACAAAAUAGUGAAUUUUUUUAAAUKAUUCUAUGUGAUGUUCUCUCUUGCUCAGUGCUAUCCAGCUUGAUUAGUUCUGUUUUCAUCACGAGAACCAGUAUGGCUAAUGAAUAGUAUGAAAUAUUCUUUAGAAAUGUGUACAUUAUUUCUGUUAUACAACUAUACAUUCCUAAGAAAAUCAAACAGUGAUAUGGUGGUAGUCAUGGUAAAGGACUUCUUCAAAAAAUUAUUUUUUUCAAAARCAAUACCAAAAUAACAGCAAAGAUAAAUAUUAGAAAUUAUCAGCCAGUUUAAGAGCAAGAGAAUUACAACCGGGAAAAGGAAAAACAAUGCAAUUCUGUGAGUUUUGAAAGUGUGAUUAUUGUUACUUUUUAAAAAUAAAAUAGUGAAGGUUUCA